AUGCCCAACGCGGCUGAACUGGUGGGAGGUGGUGUUGUGGGAGCUGUUGCCUCUGAGAUCCUGAAACUAGUGAUUACAGAGGCGAAGCUGGUGUUAGCUUUCAAAUUUGUGUCUAAAGAGCUAGCAUCAACUAUGGAGGACUUGCUUCCGAUACUCACAGAGAUAGAAGCGACGCAAGGUGCUGAGGAUGUAGAGGAACUAAAGACUCUCAAAGAUACGAUCGUUAAGGCUCAAGUGUUGGUUGACGAGUGUAAAGGCGUCAAGAAGUGGAAGUCAUUCUUAAAAUCUUAUUAUACAAGAAGAGUUUAUAAAAUCAACAUGAAGAUGGUCAAGUUCUGUCAGGUUCAACUACCACUAAUUCUGCUUAAGAACCAAGGGCGCUACUCCGCGCUUACGCUUGAGGCCUUUACUAAUGGCGUCAAAACCAUCUGUAAGAGGAUCGAUCUGAUGGAUGUUCGUGCGCACGUUUAUAGGAAGUUUUCUUCAGUUCCCAAGCUUGAUGAUAAGGUUCAUAUUGGACUGGAUUGGCCACUGAUAAAGCUUACAAAGAAAGUCCUUGAUGAUUCCCUGGACCGUCUUCUGGUGUCUGCUUUUCCUGGAUGCGGAAAGACCACCCUCGUUACUCAUCUUUGCCACAACCAAGACAUCAAAGAUAAGUUCAAACAUAUCUUGUAUAGCGUUGUGUCAAGUACUCCUAACUUUAGGAAGAUAGUACAAAAUUUACUUCGUCACAAUGGUUACGAAGAAGUUACAUUUGAGAACGAUCCUCAAGCAGCUAAUGCCUUGAUACAUCUGAUUGAGGAACUCAGAGAAGACGGUACUAUAUUGUUGGUGUUGGAUGAUGUGUGGCAUGGAGCUGAUGCUUUUCUUAAACAUUUUUUUCGGAUCAAGUUACCAGGUUAUAAGAUUUUGGUGACUUCUCGGUCUGACUUACCUAGUUUUGAUUACACUUAUCCUUUACAACCUUUGGAUGAAAAAGAUGCUAAAGCCCUUCUCGUUCACGUUGCACCGCCGCCUUGUAACGCGUCUCAAGCUGUCUAUGAAGAACUUCUCCAAAAGAUAUUGAAACGUUGCAGUGGACUCCCACUCGUAAUUGAAGUAGUUGGCGCUCCACUUAAAGGAAAACCCUUACAUUUGUGGAAAGCUGGUCUGAAGGGAAAACAAUUCUUCGUAAUCCUCAUCCUAGUCUGCUAG